AUGUGCAAUUUGAAGAUCCCGCAGCUAAUAAUUUUUCCUUCAACACAGACCCGUCCUUUAAAAAACACCAUUUCCCUCACCCAUUUAAUAGCCCCCCUCUUCCCAACUCCCCAUCCCUAGGCUCUCUCUCUCCUCUCUACUCCGCCGCCGAUCUAAUCAAUGGCCGAGAUCCCGCCGAUCCACCACACCACAACCCUCAACCAAAUCGCCAUCGACUACACUCCCGACGCCUGCCUCCACUCUCCCGAUUCCGGCGAGAUACACAUCACCUACGACCACCGCCGCGGCGCCCGAUGGCGCUCCCCUUCCCGCUUCCUCUACGGCACCUUCUCAUCCCGCAUCCGCUGCCCUUCCGGCAACACCGACGGCCUCAACUACAACAUCUACCUCUCCUCCCUCGAAGGCGACAAGAACCAAGACGAGAUCGACUUCGAGUUCCUCGGCAAGGAUAACACCUCCGUUCAAACCAAUGUUUACACCGCCGGGGUGGGCAGCCGGGAGCAGAUCCAUCCGCUCGGCUUCCACGCGUCGGAGGAUUUCCACGAUUAUGAGAUCCGAUGGGGACCAGAGGAGAUCGCGUGGCUCGUUGAUGGGGAAAUGGUGAGGCGGGAGGUGCGGAGGGAGGGGGAACCGUGGCCGGAGAAGCCGAUGUUUCUCUACGCGUCUGUUUGGGAUGCGAGCGAAAUUGAUGAGGGGAGGUGGACGGGGAAGUAUUCGGGGUGCGACGCUCCGUAUGUUUGUGUUUAUAAGGAUGUGAGGGUGCCGAUUGGGACGGUGGUGAUGGAGGAAGAAGAGACCAUGUGAUUGGU